AAAAGGCCGAACACGUGAGCGUGGUCGCUGUUGAUUUCAUUUUGAAGGUGAAGCCUCUGCUAGCGCGUGCCUCCAGCGCCCAUACAAUCUGUAAGUCUAAAGAAGUGUAUCCUCUCUCCCCUCGUUCAGCCAGAAGAUGUCAUCAACCCUGUCUGCCGCCAGCGUGGAGUCUCUGCCUCAGAGCGCCGAGCAGAAGAAGCCGCUGAAGCCGUGCUGUGCCUGCCCAGAGACAAAGAAAGUCAGGGAUGCUUGCAUCAUUGAGAAGGGCGAGGACAACUGUGGAGGCCUGAUCGAGGCGCAUAAAGACUGCAUGAGGGCGCUCGGCUUCAAGAUUUAACUACUCUGCUUUGUGUGCGUGUGUGUUUUUGUGAAGUGCAAGAUGACCCUGGAUCUUCUCACCUCCUUUCCCCUGCUUAUUUAUACCUUGACUGGAAGAGAAAUGUGAAGAUGGUGCACUUCAGUCUCUGCUUGGUUGAUUGUCUUUUUGUGAUUGUUUUUAAAAGUCUGCAAAUGAGAAAUGUGUGAAUAUCUAAAAACGCUGUGUGAAAUUGAAUAAAAGUCCUAUGCAAUAAGC